AUGUAUCAGUUAUUUUCCAUAGAAACCUCCCAUCGUGGAAGGCCCUUUGUGGGUUUUUCUCAGAUUACAAUUUCCUCCACUCAAUUUCCAAUUUCAUAACUGAUAUCCUUCAUUUUUCAGAAAUGCCUCAAGACAAUCUAAGAUCAGCUGUCCACAGUUCAUUGAAAAGGAGCGUUCAUGUCGUAAAUGAAGAUUCAAAUGAGACUGAUCAAUGCAGGACAGACAGAAAAUCCAAGACUACUUCUACGAUGGUGGGGCCCGUGGUCAUUGAAAGGGGAAUUAUUAGGAAGGAGCCACAUCCGUCUCUUAGAGCAAAGGAAGAGAAGAAGGCCACGGCCAUGCCUUCAUUUCAGCUGAAGCAGGUUUCACAAGGAGCUGAUAAGCUGAAUAUGAUGAUUGAUUCGUGGUCAAGGGGGAUCGAUUUGGACGGGCAGUCUGGACAUAUUGCAAGGGAUCUUUUGAGGGGUGCUUUGGAUCUCCAAGAGUCUCUGAUCAUGCUCGGAAAGCUGCAAGAAGCUUCAAAGAUGGUGGCCCAGGCGAAGAGAAAGCAGGAGGUGAACAUAGAAGAAGAAGAGGCUGGUGUCAGAGAAAUGGGUUCGAAUAGUUUCCGAAAUGAAAAUCACAAGAAGCUAUUAGAGAAGCCACGGAGUUCUGUUGAUGGGUCUUCAACGAAUUAUGUCAAUCCAUGGAACUCCGUUGAUGAGUCUUCAAGGAAUUGCAUCAAGCCAUGGAAUUCUGUUGAUGGGUCUGCAAGGAAUGAUGUCUAUCCGUGGAAUUCUGUUGAUGGGUCUUCAAGGAAUUGCAUCAAGCCUCGUAAUUCUGUUGAUGGAUCUUCAAGGAAUGAUGUGUAUCCGUGGAAUUCCGUUGAUGGGUCUUCAAGGAAUUGCAUCAAGCCACGGAAUUCUGUUGAUGGGUCUUCAAGGAAUGAUGUCUAUCUGUGGAAUUCUGUUGAUGAGUCUUCAAGGAAUUAUGUCGAUCCAUGGAACUCCGUUGAUGGGUCUUCAAGGAAUUGCAUCAAGCCGCGGAAUUCUUUUGAUGGUUCUUCAAGGAAUAAUGUUGAUCCACGGAACUCCAUUGAUGGGUCUUCAAGGAAUUGCAUUGAGCAGCGGAAUUCUGUUGUUGGGUCUUCAGGGAAUUUCAUCAAGCCACGACAUUCUGUUGAUGGGUCUUCAAGGAAUUGCAUCGAGCAGCGGAAUUCUGUUGUUGGGUCUUCAGGGAAUUUCAUCAAGCCACGACAUUCUGUUGAUGGGUCUUCAAGGAAUUGCAUCGAGCAGCGGAAUUCUGUUGUUGGGUCUUCAGGGAAUUUCGUCGAGCCGCGUAAUUCUGUUGAUGGGUCUUGCAUUGAGGAACUCAGGAAAGUGAUUAGAGACAGCCUCUACAGGCAAAACCUGCUGUCAAUCCCUUCCGAUGAACAGAUGGUUUCUUCGAGCCGGUGGCAAUUUGAUUCGCUUUCAGAUGGCCCGCCUGCAAGUUCGAGCCGAUUGCUGACAGUUUCUCCGAAUAGUGGAUUCAAGAGUUCAUGUAGCGAUCAAAAGGUAAGGUCAAAUGGUUCAAUUUCCUUAUCAUCACCACGGAAGGAAGUGAAAACACCGAAUUUAAUUGCGAAGCUUAUGGGUCUUGAGGACUUCUCAUCACAAACAGCUCCUCCAAAUAAAAAACCGGAUACUAAAAUGGCCUUGUAUGGGCGCCAGCCCAUCUUCAAUAUCGAUAUGCCGAAGGCGAGAAAGCCACAAUUCAAAGAUCAGAUGUUAGAUCCAGAGCAUAAAACACUGAAGGAAGUCAUUGAAGCCAUGCAAUUCAAAGGACUGCUAAAGAGUAACCAUAUUGAAGACCUUAAACUUCCAUCACGACUCACAGGCACUUCCUCUCAACUGAAAAAACAUGACAGUAAAGACUUCCACAUGGAAACAUUGGACAAUGAAUUGCCGCCUAUUGUAAUCAUAAAACCACUCCGUUUUUCAUGUUUGGAAGAGGAAAAUUCAGAACCCAAACAGACACUAAACACAUUGGUAGCCAAGGAAUCAAAGAUUAAGGAGUCCGCCGAUCAAAAUUCCAAGAAAAUUGAAUCCGUUUCUCUGAAUUACAAGCAGCUGAAAACAGAUGAAAUCAAAGCAGGCAAGACUGAGAUGCGGAAGCCAUUGUCGGAUAGAAGAAAAUUAUCGAAGGAAUCCGAUAGAUUGAUCAGUAAAGAAAAUCAGAAGAACAUAAAAACUACAGAUGAACCUUCCAAAAUGAUCAAAGCUUCUGUUUCUCCAAACCAAAAGAAAAAGGAGGUGAUCAAGAUACCAAAGAAAGCUAAGGAGGUGCGAAAUGCAUUGUCAGAACAAAGAAAACCAGUGAAGGAGAACACGAAAUCUGUGAUAGAGUCAAAAACUCAGGUGAAGACAAUCUCUACAAAGCCAAGACAGCCUGAAAACAGAUUGAUUCCAGUGAAGAAUCACACUUCUGCCCAAAAGGCUGCAUCUCAAAAUUGUAAAACGACAAGCUCGGCGAAACCCAAAUCGCAGAAUUCCAAUCAGACGACGAAAAGCAGGACAAAGAUAGCAAAACCAGUAAGAGAAUCCACAUCCACAAAUUCAGCUACUGAGAAUAAGCGGUGCAAAGAAGAUGACAAGGAAACUGAUCCGACACAUGAAAUUGAUUUUGAUUCCACAACGACAAGAACUUUGCCUGCUGAUCAACUUCCUAUACAGACAGGGAAAGAGGACUCUGAAAUUCAUAUAAAAGAUAACACUGGAAGCGAAUGCAAGAUCAUACAUGGGUCCAUACAACGUGGAGGAAGAAUUGAUUCUUCAAAGGUAGCUGACCAAAUCGCCGAUAACAAAAAUGCAAUCAGCAAAACUGGCAGAGCUGAUCUAAAACAGCUGCUUUUGAGUAGCCGGUCAUUCCUCAACAGUGCAGAAGAGCUCUUUGAUCUGCAUAUAAACCCAAACAUGUUCUUUCAAACAAAUGGUGUGGAAGGAGUUGGAAUGAAGAGUGAUAGGCCCCUGUUGGACUGUGCGAAUGAGUUUAUGACACACAAGAGCCGUCGAGUGGCCCAUUGGAGCCAUCCAAUGGCAUGGGUCCACAUGUGUGGCCCGAAAGUUGAUGUCACUUUGGAUCCGUUGGUGGAUGAACUGGUUGAUGGGAUUGAGAACUUGAGGCGUUGUGGUAAGGUUGGUGAUAGGGCUGUUGGUACAAACGGUCUUUAUUCAAUGUUGGGGAGAGAUCUUAGAUGCAAGGGGCUGGUGGGGAAUGGGGUUUGGGAUUUGGGUUGGCUGAAGGGGUUUGCUGUAGAAGAUGCUGAUCAGGUCGUAGGUGAAGUGGAGAAGCAUGUUUUGGAUGUGCUGAUUGAGGAGAUUGUUAUAAAUUUAGCAUAGAGAAAUCAAACAGUUAUGAUUCAUUGGGAGAUGAAUAGCACCCUGAUGUGUCCAGUCCAUGCAAGUGGGCCCUGCCUUGGAUGGUUGGGGUGCCUAGAAAAUCUUUGAGAUGUGAGAUCCAAAUCCAUUCUAAGGGGACUUCUGUUUUGGGGCACCCCCAUUCAAGGUGGGCCUCAUCAGAUAAACAUUCUGGAUCACCACACCAUGGGACCCACUCGUACUGACUGGGUACAUCAGGACACUAUUGGAUAGCUACUUUCUACAUGCUCUUUGGAAGCAUGACUGAUAUUGAUUAGCUAUAGAACACUGGCUGUAAGUAUGUAUUUUAGUAAAUCUGAAUAUUAGGUGCAUUUGGGUUGUUUCAAACAACGUAUCUCAAGCUGAGAUCUGUUGUAAAGAAUAUUGUGCAAAGGGUAUUUUCAUGAAUAAGAAAAUGAAGUCAGCAACUGCACGUCACAUGGUA